CACCAACUGUACAUUACAAAGUGGCAUCUCUGUUUUGUUCUUGCAGUUCAUCAUGGAUCAAGUAAUGCAGUUUGUGGAGCCCAGCCGGCAGUUUGUGAAAGAUUCCAUCAGGCUUGUUAAAAGAUGCACAAAGCCAGACAGGAAAGAAUUUCAGAAGAUUGCCAUGGCGACAGCAAUAGGUUUUGCAAUCAUGGGAUUUAUCGGUUUCUUUGUAAAACUGAUUCAUAUCCCAAUCAACAACAUCAUUGUGUAAGUGUGGUG